AAAUAACAGCGCAUGAGUAUACAUGUAGGCAUAAAACGUCAGUUGCUAACCAGUUUUUGCGCGAUGCAUGUCCUCAGUAUCGGAUUUCAUUUUGGAAAUUAAGAGGUUUUACAGACAGCCAAAAUCAAACUUUGAGUGAUAGUGUACACCUCAAUAGACUGGGCUUUCAUAAACUAAUCAAACAAUUACGAGGCAUUUUAUUGUCACAACAGUAACAUUCUGAACACUAUUUUGUACACAUCAUAUUCUAAACAGGUUAGAAGACAGGGGCUUCUACCUAUUUAUAAUUAAGAGUGCAAAAUCUUUGUUUGUUCGUAAUAUUCAUUCACAUUUAAAUGUCAAUAUCUAAUUUAUUUAUAUCAAAUUUGUUUAAAGAAAAAAAAUGUACAUAAUUUACAUUCCAUGAAUACAAUUUACUUUGCCUAUUUUACAGUGCUUGUGACUGUGCCAUUGAUGGUCAUUAUCGUAACCUUGACAUUCUUAAGACGCCAAAACAGAAAUGGCCACCAGACCCAAACGGCGAAAGAAGGGAGAUUCAUCCCCAGCGGUUCCAGCCACCUCGGCCCCAGCAACUACAAACCAGUCCAUCGAGGAUUUAGUAAGAGGUUACAUGAGCUCAAUAAUCCCCACCAUAAAAAGCACUUGUAGGCAAGUCAUUACAGAAAAAAUGUAUACCAUGCAGACAUCAGCAGCUUCAAACACACCACCUUCAGCUCCACCCUCCCAGGCACCCCAACAAAUGGCACCUACGCUAACGACACCAACACUGCUGCAAGAAAUAACAACUGAAGGUGCAAGAGUUUUUCCCGAGAUUUCCGCACAUGGCCAAAGAACCGACACCGGUUCCACUCUCUUGUGAGGAUCUGAAUACGACAGCUGAUGUUUUAGUGCGCAAUUCCCUUUCCAAAUCUACAGCUUUAGCUUACAAGACAACCUAUUUAACUUAUGCACAUUUUGUGGCUCAAGUUUUCGGUACCAGUUUAGUCUACCCUCUUCAUUACAACACUUAUCAGCCUUCAUUGCUCAUUGUUAUCUUAAAGGAUUAGCGGCAUCAACAACUCGCACAUUCAUCUCCUCACUUAGUUUUAUUUUUCAGUUAAGAAACUAACCAGAUAUAACUCAAACUUUUCUGGUACAGAAAAUGUUACAGGGUUUUCACAAAUCCAAACCUUCAUCUGACCCCUGGUUGCCAAUUACGCUGGAAAUCAUAAGUUCUAUUCUUAAUUCCUUAGAACACACAACUUCUUCCUUAUUUAUCAAAUUGCUUUUAAAAGCCAUGUUUACCCUUGCCUUUUGCGCUUUUCUUCGCAUUAGGGAGAUAACCAAAUCUUCAAAUUCCACACAACAUUAUCUUCUGUACGAUAAUGUUCCUUUUGAUUCAGAUGAACACCAGAAUGGUUAUUUUGAGGU